AUGGCUGUUGAAUACUAUGAUUUUGGGCCUCACAAGAUCCACCAUAGUUCAGUGUUCCAUACAACUACACUUUCUUUUGCCUUUGUCAACCUGCGUCCUGCUGUGCCAGUGAAACGUGUUGCUGAUCUCACUGAUGAUGAGAAUAUAGAUUUAUGGAACAUAGCUAAGCAACUCGGUAGGCAGCUAGAGAGCUACCAUAAGGCAUCAUCACUUACAUUUUGUAUCCAAGAUGGACCUCAAGCAGGCCAAUCAGUGCCUCAUGUUCAUAUCCAUAUCCUUCCCCGGAAAAAUGGGGAUUAUGAGAACAAUGAUGACAUUUAUGAGGAUAUAAAUGUAAAGGAGAAGGAGUUGAAUCGAGCACUUGAGGUGGAUAUAGAAAGGAGAGAUAGCAGCAUUGAAGAAAUGGCUAUUGAGGCUGAUGAAUACAAAAAAUUUGCCUUCUGA